AUGGUGGACGCGACUCCUCAAUUAAAGAGGAAAAACGAGGAGGCGACGCCGCAGCGCAAGUCCAAGAAGCAGAGGAAGAGCGAGGCGGCUAGCAUUCAAGAAGACGCGGCGACGCCUGCAGCUACUUCGACACCGAAAUCAAAGACGAAUUCCACGCCUAGAUACAAGUCAAAAGAUCAAUCGAAAGCAACUGCAGAGACUGAAAAGGCGACGAAGCAUGAGAUUCUCGUAAAUGAAUCCACCACUGCGAAACGUCCAACCAAGGCUGCAAAGGACACGGAAAAUAUCGAUGCACAGGCCCACGCAACCGAGGCUCGCAGCAAGUCGAGUCAGAAGAAGAGCAAAAAGGAACAAAAGAACGACACGGCGAUAAAAGGCGAGGGCCAGGAUGCUGCAGAAGACAAGGCGGUGGCAGUGAUGGAGCCAUUGACACAGGCACAGGUGGAGAAGGCGCUCAAGAAGAGGGAUUACAAGGAACCCAAGAAGCAGAAGAACAAGAGUGAUUCCAAAUGGGCAGUUUCGCCACUACAGGGUGGCUGGUUCCUUCCCACUGACCCCAUCUUCUCUGUCGACGAGAAGUACCUCAUCCUCGCCGAUCUCAACUCGCUCCAGAUAUAUUCCACCGAAACGUCGCUCCUUGCAAAUGUGCUUCCUAUUGGCGGCAAGGGAGUACUCACGGCCUAUGCGCUCUCCACCACGAAGUCGAACCUCGUAUAUGUCGCCGACUCCCAUGGUCUGAUCACCCUGUGGGAUUGGGUAAAUGGAACCAAGGUUGGACGCUGGGAUAUCGGAGCCCCUGUGCGGAAUAUGACUGUUGUCACCAAACCCGACUCUGAUGAAGACCUUGUCUUCUGUCACGAGACGGGCAACAACAGCCAGGUUAUCAACUGCCACGCGCUCCGCACAAAGUCUCAAGCUUCCAAAACAGAGUUGAAGCGCGUGCUGAAGACCAGCUCAUCUAUACGUGGCAUUCAGGUUUUGCUACAAGGCAGGUACAUUGUUCUGAACACGAGUGAUUCGAUCAUGGUUGGGAAGCGCCUAAAGCCUACGCAUACGGCUGUGCAGGACUUUGAAUACAUCUGGCGCGAGUUUAAGUUCUCAAAGCGUGUCACCACAUUCAGUGCUUAUCACCGUGAACGAGAGACUAGCAAAGGAAAGAAGCCUGUGGUAGACCAAAGGGAUGUGCUCGACUUCGCGGUUGGAGAGGAAACCGGUGUCGUUUUCCUCUUUGAAGACAUUCUGGCUACCUUUGCUGCUAUUGAAGGCGCACAGAAGGGCAAGAAGGAAAAGUUUGAUAGUGCGGAGAGUCUGAGACCUAAGCGGUUCCACUGGCACAGAGAUGCUGUGGGUGCCGUGAAGUGGUCAAUAGAUGGCAACUACUUCAUCUCCGGUGGCCAAGAGACUGUACUGACUAUCUGGCAACUUGCUACGGGACGAGCACAACAUCUUCCCCAUCUAUCUGCAGCCAUCGAGAAUGUAGUGGUUUCCCCGUCAGGCACCUCGUACGCCUUAUCGCUUGCGAACAACUCGGUCAUUGUUCUCUCCACAACCGAACUAGAAGCCAAGACGAACAUUGUUGGCGUCCAGUCCCGACGUAUAGACACUCAGCAACAGUCAAAAGACCCGAACGGAAACAAGACCAACCUUGACAUAUUCCAUCAUGUGCCCAUGGCUGUCAAUCCAGCAUCACCGGAUGAACUCCUUCUCACCGUACCCUCAUCGCAACCACGACACAAGAAUGAGGGUCUUCGGCCUGAACCAUAUCUACAAACUUUCGACCUUGCUAACCACCGUGCGAAGUCUAGACAGGCCUUGACACGCAACAACGCAACAGAGCCGAACGUGGCACCAGAAGGUGGCAAGAUCAAGGAACCUAGCGCGAAGCUUCUUCAGGUUAGUCACGAUGGCGAGUGGCUUGCAACAGUCGAUGAGUGGGUGCCACCCGCGUCUGAUACUGGCUUCCUGAAUGAAGGUAUCCCUGAAUUCAACGAAGAAGAGCGCCUGAACCGCCGCGAGGUAUAUCUCAAGUUCUGGCGACGCGAUGAAGCACAUGAUCAGUGGAAGUUGGCAGCGCGGAUCGAUGCCCCACACUUCUUCGAGGACGUGUGUGGUAAUGGCAAGGUCUUCGAUCUUGUUGCUGAUCCCAAUGGAGCUGGGUUUGCGACGGUUGGAGAAGACCAUGUCCUCAAGAUUUGGAGACCGAAGACGAGACUUCGCGAUGGAGUAGUUGUUCGUGGAGCCGAUGAAGAGGGAUUGGUUACCUGGACCUUGGAGCGCUCCAUUCCGAUUAGCGAUAAAGUCGAUGUGCUUGAGGGCUCGCAACAGUCUCUUCCGCCACGGACUUCGCGGCUAGCAUUCUCCACGGAUGGCUCUGUCCUCGCCGUCGCCAUCUCAUGGGCAUCAGAGUCUGAUGUAGGAGUUACACACCUAAUCGACACACAUUCCGCAACCAUCCGACGCUCCAUGACCGAGGUUGAUGUCACGGCACUGUCUAAUCUCGGUUUCGUCGGCCAACACCUCGUCUUCGUCGCUGAAUCUCUCACCGUGUGGGACAUGGUUCACGACCAACUCGUCUACAGCGCCUCUCUCCACACAUCUGGAUUGGACCGCAUAGAGCGCAUCCCCUUGAUCCGCUUCGCUGUCAACCACGACGACAACACCUUCGCCAUUGCCCUCCCACACUUUGAAAAGAACACGUCUUCCAGUUCCAAACCAAAGAAACCCAGCUCCACUCUGACAAUCUACGAUCCCGAUCACACAUCCCCACUCUGGUCCAGCACAUCCCCCUCCAUCACGCUCGCCCUCGCAGCCCGAAAGGGCGAAAGCGGAUUCAUCGCCCUUGACUCGGCCUCGUGCAUCAGAGCCAUCACUCCCCGCGCCACAGCACUACAACUGCCUACACCACCGCCCGAGGAAAGUGACGGGCUACGCGAGGCUUAUACGCUUAGGGAUGGGGGGGAGGAGCAGGAAAUGCAGGAGGCUGGCAUCGGAUCCGUUGAUGUGGCGGAGGAUCUUACGCAGGAUCUAAGCGAGGACAAGGCGGUGCUGAAUGCGCAGCUGUUGCAGGAUGCGCUGGAUGAUGGACAGGUGUUGCCGCCACCACAGGUGCUGUUUGGUCGGGUUUUGGCGCUUGUGGGUGGAGUGGGGAGUGGAUGUGUGUAA